CUCGGCCUGUUACCUCAACGCUAUAUCAUGUAUGAUACAAGAUAUGAUGAAAAACCAAACAAGAAUAAAAAGCGAAUGAGAGCGAGUCAAGCGUGUAAUCACUGUCGAAAAAAGAAGAUCAAAUGUGAUGAAAGCAGACCUAAAUGCACUCAGUGUCAAGAAGCCAGCAUUGCUUGUGAAUAUACUGAGCCUAAAAAGAGAGGACCUCGUAAAGGAUAUGUUCAGUUGUUAGAAGAACGACUGGCUCAAAUGGAACGUAAAUUGAUAGGGCCAGAUAAUGCUAAUCAAGAUACGACGUUAUCUUCUACGCCCAAUUCCAGUGGUUCACCCAUUCGAUUAUACGAGAACAGAGAUCAUGCUUUAGAUCUUCCACCUGUAGAAAUAGUCAACCAUCUUGUAGAUUUAUUCUUUCAAUAUAUUAAUUCUGUAUUUCCAUUUGUUCAUCGUGUUAUAUUAAAAAAGUCAAUACAAGACGGAACUAUAUCAAGGCCCUUGUUGUACAGUGUUCUGGCUAUUGGUGCCAGAUUUUCAAAUGAUCCUGCCAUUAGGACAAAUCCACCUUAUUUAGCAGGAGAACGUUUUGCUGAGAAAGCACUAUCCUUAGUAGAUGCAGAAAUGUUACAGCCCACAUUAGCCAAUAUACAAUUUUGGGGUAUCAUGUCAUGCUUGGAAUAUGGGCGUGCUUCGGGUUCAAAAUCUUGGAUUUAUGGUGGAUUAGCCAUAAGAUUUUGUCAAGAAUUAGAACUUCAUAAAGAAGAGACAAUAAGUAUUCCAAUACUCGAUAAAGAUGGAUCUAUCGACACAGUAGCUAUGGCAUUACGAAGAAGGAUCUUUUGGAGUUGUUUGAGUCUUGACAAGCUUGUUAGUGCGGGUACACAUCGACCACAGUGCAUAGAGCGAUCUGAUUGUGACGCGUUACCUGUGAGUAUCAGUGAUUGUAUUGCCUUACGCGACCCCACUUAUCACCAGAAUGUCGAAGGAAAGUCUAUUUCAGACGAUUCACUCAUGAAUAUUGCUCGAUACUAUAUGCGAAUCCUUGAAGCCUAUGGUGAAGUCAAUCGAUUCAUGAACCGGGCUAAAUCCAAUUCUGCUUCAAUUGUAUGGCCACCCAUUGCUGAAUUUAAAAACCUUGACAUGCAAUUGCGUACCUGGAAAGACAAGUUACCAGCGACAUUUCAGUUCAACCAAGCCAACCUGGAUCAUCAUCGUCACAAUGCAAGUAGAAACUAUCUGAAUGUCUGGCUAUCAGCGCAUGCAGUAUGGUGUUCAAGCAUGAUGGUGUUGCAUCGUGGUAGUUUGGCAUUCAGUGACAUUAAGCCAGACAGUAUUACAGAAGAUGUGUAUCGUCGUAUUCAGAGUAGUAUUGAUACGUGUCGUAUGAGUGUCGAUGCAGCCAUGGGUGUGUUUGAUGCCAUGAAAGAGUUGUGUGGUUACAACACAAUACCUUAUAUGGGCUAUUCUGCUUAUGUUUUUGCUACUGUGCUGAUGACAUCUACCUUCUCAGGCACACCAGAAUCAUGCAAAAAGAGCAGUCGUGGUCUCAAGAUUCUGUAUGAUUUGAUUGACUGUAUGCGACCCUAUUGGCCUAUGUGUGAAAGACUGGCGAAUGCAACAAAAGAACUCUUAGUUGCCCAUCAAAAACUGUAUGAUGCAGAUAUCAGUUCUUUACUUUAUGGCAAUCGAAAUAGCACUUAUCUCCCAAGAGCAACAUCCAUGGAUGAUUUACCUAGUACACAUUCAUCUCCAGUCAAUAUUCAAGCACCUUCUUUAUCCAUGUUAUUGGGUGACACAACAUCAUUUCAGCCACACAACAGUACCCAAGACUAUUACAUGAACCCUACGCGUACAAACAACCAAGCACUUGUCGUGGACAACAGCCGAGUUGACACAACAGCAACUGGGCUCAUUUCUAACUGGAAUCGAGGCAGUGAAAUUGAUUUCAACAGCCUUGAGUUUUUGUAUGAUACUGGCUUAUUUGGACAAGUCGUUUUUGAUGUAAAUAAUACAAAUCCCAAUACCAAUCUGAUGGAAGGACCUUAUCCACAACCUUUGCUCUCAUCAUCAUCAUCACCCACUAAAUCAUCUGAAAAUACAUCCCCUUUAUUUAGAAACAUCAUGAUGACUAGUCAACCACAACAAACAUCCUCUUCUUAUCAUUCAACUAAAAAUGUAUGGCAUUAA